CAAAAAGGCUUCUUACAUUGUAACAAAGCAUUGUAAUAUCGAUAAAAGAGAGUUGUGGGUAUCCAUUUUGAACCCUAUGAAACUUUACAUUGGCAAAUGGCAGCUUCCGCUGUCGAACACGAACAAGUUGGUCGUAAAGGGCUUAUUCGUCAAGAAGCAGCUAUGCUAUGAGAUCUCGAGCAAUGGGUGCAGAGUAAAAAUUGAAAUUGACUGGUCAAAUAUCAUAGGAAUAAGAGCGGCAAUGAAAAAAAAUGAACCCGGAGUUCUUGAAGUGGAGCUAUCAGAACCACCUAAAUUUUAUAAGGAACUCGGACAAAAAGACGUGGGCGCACAUAGCCAAUGGGUCGAUGGAUCAGAUUUCACCCGAGGUCAAGCUUCGACAUGCAGGAGGCAUUUCAUUAUGUUUCCACCAACAAUUUUGGACAAACACUUUGAGAGAUUGAUAAGAUUUGACGAGAGAUUGUUUAUGUUAAGCCAAAGGCCAUAUCCAACCUUCAAUGUUCCUUACUUUCAUUCACAACAAUUUUUACAAACUGCUCUUCAAACCCCCUUUAGAAAUUCAAAUGCCCCAACGUCUGAUGCUGAUCCCAGCUCUACACAGCUCUACACAUCAGAUUCAAAUGAUCCAACCAGCUGAUGCUGAUCCCAGUUCAACACAUCAGAUUCAAAUGCUCCAACCAGUUGAUGCUGAUCCCAAUUCAACACAUCAGAUUUAAAUGCUCCAACCAGCUGAUGCUGAUCCCAGCUCAACACAUCAGAUUCAAAUGCUCCAACCAGUUGAUGCUGAUCCCAGUUCAACACAUCAGAUUCAAAUGC